GGAAAACGCGCCAAGUCUGCGCCGGUGGCGGCCGUGUCCUGAUCCAGCUGAGCCUCCCCAGCAGUGGACCCACGCCCCGCCCGGGGCCCCGGACCCCCGCCCGGUCCCGGCCCGGGGAUGGAGCCGCACCGGCGGCCACUGCCAUGAGCCAGUGCCGCGGGUGACGGGGAGCGAUGCCCGGGGUGGUGCCGAGUGAGAGCCAGGGGCCGCCGGCCCGGGGGAGCCCCAAGAAGAGCCGCCUGUCCCUCAAGUUCUUCCAGAAGAAGGAGACGAAGCGCGCCCUGGACUUCGCGGACACGCAGGACGAGGAAGAGCGCGGCGGGGACGGCGCGAGCCCGGACGUGGACCAGGUGGUGCCGGCGGCCGCCGCUCAGCCCUCGCCCCUUGACUGCGAGAAGCGGAAGAAUCUGCUGCCCUUCGUGGGGCUCAACAACCUGGGCAACACCUGCUACCUGAACAGCGUCCUGCAGGUCCUCUACUUUUGUCCCGGAUUUAAAACUGGAGUAAAGCACUUGUUUAAUGUUAUUACGAGGAAGAAGGAAAGCCUGAAGGACGAAGCCGGUCAGAAAGCGGAAAAGGGAAAUUGCAAAGAAGACAACCUGGCAAGCUAUGAAUUAAUAUGCAGCUUACAGUCUUUAAUAAUUUCAGUUGAACAACUUCAGGCCAAUUUUCUUUUGAACCCAGAGAAAUAUACAGAUGAACUCGCUACUCAGCCAAGAAGGUUACUUAACACUCUCAGGGAGCUGAAUCCCAUGUAUGAAGGCUACCUGCAGCACGAUGCUCAGGAGGUGCUGCAGUGCAUCUUGGGAAACAUUCAGGAGACGUGCCAGCUCUUGAAGAAGGAAGAGCUGAGAACUGAGCCAGCAGACACGUCCCCUCCCCCGCUGGAGGAGAAGCCACUUCCUCUGAGAGAAGGCAGUGAAGUGAACACCCUUGAGGAUGACGGGGAAGGAAAAGACAGGCUCCCAAAGGGAAGCGGGAAAAGGAAAAGUGACAGUGAUGUGGGGAAUCCCAAGAAGAAGUCUAAACUUUCCAAGGAGCUGGCGGCAUCUGAAGAAAACCAGAGGCAGACCCGGUCCAAGAGAAAAGCCGCUGGGGAUGCUCGCUUGGAAAGUUCUCCUGAAGCCAUGCCCAAAGGUGCCGCUGAUGGAGAUGGCGCCCGGCUGAGUCACAAGAAAUCAAGACUCAAACUAAACUGGUUGAAGCCCACUGCCAAACAGCCCAGCAUCCUUUCCAAGUUCUGCAGUCUGGGGAAAAUCACCACACACUUGGGACCCAAAGGGCCUUCAAAAGAAACUGAUGGCAAUCGUGAGGAGGACUUGAAUGGGGAGACCAAGGGCACCUUAAAAGAUGACUCUGGGGAACCUGCACCCCUAGAGAAGUAUGUGGAAGACAAAGAAAUACAGUCUUUGAGAAACAAAGGGAUGGAACAAGUUUGUUUCGAGUUGGUGGAGAAAUUAUUCCAAGGCCAGCUGGUGUUGAGAACUCGGUGCUUGGAGUGUGAAAGUUUAACAGAGAGGAGAGAAGACUUCCAAGACAUCAGUGUCCCAGUCCAAGAGGAGGAGUUUUCCAAAGUGCAGGAGAGUUCAGAGAUUUCUCCAGAGCCCAAGACAGAGCUGAAGAGCCUGAAGUGGGCCAUCUCGCAGUUCGCCUCUGUGGAGAGGAUUGUGGGCGAGGACAAAUACUUCUGUGAGAACUGCCAUCAUUACACGGAGGCAGAAAGAAGCCUCCUUUUUGACAAGAUGCCUGAGGUGAUAACCAUCCACUUGAAGUGUUUUGCUGCGACUGGCUUGGAGUUUGAUUGUUAUGGUGGAGGACUCUCCAAGAUCAACACUCCCCUGUUGACACCCCUGAAGUUGUCCCUGGAAGAGUGGAGCACCAAGCCAACCAACGACAGCUACGGACUGUUCGCAGUGGUGAUGCACAGUGGGAUCACCAUCAGCAGUGGGCACUAUACUGCUUCUGUUAAAGUCACCGACCUUAAUAGUCUGGAACUCGAUACGGAGAAUUUUGUAGUGGACCAAACGUAUGAGAUGGGUAAGGCUGACUCACCGAAUGAGGACGACGCCAAGGCUCUCACCGAAGAUUAUGAUGACGAUGUGUCCUUCCGAGUCAGUGGGAAUGCACAGCCCAGCAAAGUCCUGAGCAAAAAAAAUGUGGAAGCUGUUGGCCUUCUCGGGGGACAGAAGAGUAGGCCGGACUAUGAGUUGUGCAGUAGCCACCGAGCGUCCAAUCCAGAGAAGGUCAUCGGGGCCUUGGCUGAAAACAGAAACCUUGAAUCCAGCAGCACAAAUGGUACCCAGGAGCUGGACAGAAGCAAGGAACCCAACAGCCAGACGGAUGCUCCCGUAAAUGGGCUGGAAAGCAAACUGUCUGAUGUGAUACAGAGCUUGAAAGAAUAUGAGGGGAAGUGGCUGCUCUUUGAUGAUUCUGAAGUGAAAGUGACAGAAGAAAAAGACUUUCUGAAUUCGCUUUCCCCUGCAGCAUCCUCCACCUCUACUCCUUACUUACUGUUUUAUAAGAAAAUUAUAGAGUGAGUGUAUUUUCCUCGUGUAUAUAAACAGAUUGCAGCAAGGACUCCUUGAGGUAGUGGCUCAUUGGCCUUUGGAAGCUCCUGGGUUAUUACUGGUCUCUAGUUUUUGUAUGAAUAGUGAAAUUUGAAUGACUGAAAACCCAGUUAAUUUGUAGAGUUCACUUUACAUGUUCACUAACCACUCUGCUGGAGACUAGCAAUACAUUAGCUUCUGAGGACAAACUUGUGUAGGUUCUGGAACAAUUUGUCCCAUAGAGCUAUUUAAAAAACACUUUUUAAAGAAAGUUUUACACCUGUCUCUUGUAUUGGCUUUUAAAAAUAAAGUGCUGUAUUUGUAUUUUCCAUAUUUUGGAAUAAUUCUAUCUACUGCCAAAAUGUUUAUAGAUUGUGUGGUUUUGUAAAUUUAGGAGGCAGCCACCUCAUUGCAUUUAGUUUUAUAACAAAGUUAUGAAGCAGAGUCCUUGAAGGCUGUUAUGACACACUUGCAUGUUCACACCGGCGUGAAUUCUGUGCCUUGAAUCACUUUGGAAGGUGGAUCUCAGAAGCCCUUGGCCAGCAUCCUUGCCCAUCACUACCUUAGGAAGGAUUUUAUAGAUAUAUAUAUUUAUGAUUAUGAUUUUGUACUUUAGCAAAUCAGUCUAGGUUUGGACAAGAGUAGUCUGUAUUUCUUCAUAGUCAUAUUGCUAUAUAAUUUGUAAAUAGAAUAUAAAAAUUUAGAAGUAUGACCUUUAGGGUUUUUUGUUUUUUUUUAAAGCAGGGAGGGCAUUCAAUUUACAAUGCUUAGCAACUAUGUAUACCAAUGCACUAAAGUUUUGUACUUACAGCUUUCUACCCUAAAGCAUCUGGUUUCUUUUCAAGAACAGAAUUUGUGUAUAUAUGUGGAAUAAACAUUCAUAAUUACCUUGACAA